AUUGACAUCAAAACGUCAAACUUGGAAUUUGUUAUGUUUAUGUUUUGUGAUCAGUUAAUUUACCUAAUUUCGUGUGUUUUUAAUGGAAAAAAUGAAAUUAAAGUGAAAAUAGAAACCAUUAAUAAAUGUUGUUGUUAAAUGUUUGUUUCGUAGUCAGUUUACACACCAUAAACUGACAACAUUUCAGUAAAUAUUUGAAUUUUUUCAACCGAAUAAUCAACAAGACUUUUGCAGUUCAUUACGCCAGAAAAGAAGCUAUCACAAUGGGAUCAGAGCAGUCUCAACCCUCGAACAAUACUCAAAUUAACGCAGCACAAAUGCGACAUCCCACAAAUGCAUCUAGAUUGACCAGAGGGAAUACGAUAGCUGUAACCGGCCAAGCGAGCCAUACCGACGAUGGAUCACCAUCUCUUUUACCUGAUUCGUCACCACCUAUAAGUGUUUGUUCUGAUUCUGACCUACCCUACAUAUCAUACACUGACAAGCCGAUUGGAGAUUCGCCCAAGUUUCGUAACAAAGGAAACACAUCAACGCGAAAUGUUCGCGUUAAUUCACUGGAAUCAAACAAGCGACCGACUGUUGUCAAUAAACGUAUUAUUUCCACGCACAACAUCGUUGUCGUACGAGCGGCUAACAAAGAAGCUGGAACGGAGAAAGAUCCAGACAUUCAACGAUUACAAAGCAUUCCACAAUUUCUGCCGGUAAUGCGAGGAACUCUGUCACUUCCAGCCAAUCGAGAUCCAGAAGUUCUUGAGCGUCUUCAACCCGUUCAUUUAACAAACAUCUGUAAUCGAAUGCAAAGUCACUUGAAUGCUUGCAGUUCGAAAAUAGCAUCCGAUCAAGCUGUUAUAACAGCGAAAAUAAAAGAGGUGGAUAUGGAAACGGCUAAAGUAUUAGCAUUGAUGGUGGAAAAACAGAAAUAUUAUUCAUCGUGUGCUGAACAGUUUUCCAAAGUUAGGCAAAUAUCGCAGCAGUUAUCACGGUGUAAUACUUUGUUGAAUCAGAAUAUUGAGAGCAUGGACAUGCUGAACAAUAUGCUAAGUAUCGACGAACGACUGGAACCAUUUGUGUGGAAGACAACUAAGUAGAUAUAGAAACCGAAUCGUAACAUUAUUAUCACAGUCUGCUUGUUGUUAAUUGUUUCUUUUUUUAAUUUAAGAAUCUUAAAUUAUGGAAAACUAAACCAUUUAACGCGCUUAGAAACAUAUAUACAUAAAAU